AUGACGUCUACACCAAGCUGGGCUGUGUUUUCCCGCCCUCCCAUCUCGUCCAUGGAGGCCAAUCUUUACUAUUAUGGCCUAUACUCGAGGCCAGUCCUGGUUGCGCGUACUAGUACAACUCUCUGGAAGCCCCCUGUCUGUCCCCCAGGCUACCCAUCUAUCAAAUGGGUUCGCACGGUCGGCAAUCACCCCCUUGGUAACAUCUGGGAGGGCAAUCUGGCGCUGCAGAUCCACAAAAUCCUUGAGUCCCGGGGGGUGAAGUGGACAAGUACGGAUGUGGCCCGCAUAGGAUUGGUAGAAGAAUUUCUCCCGCCGGUAAUCGUUUGGAUUGGUGUGCAGCCUGGCACUGUUUCCAGAGAAGAUGGCCAUGCUGUUGCUAUGGCGUGCAAGGGUCUUCUUGUCGAAAAUCAAAUCUACAAUGUUGAAGUCGAGAUCCGUGAGUCGGUUGUAACUCAAUAUUCGGGCCCGAAGUUUUUGAAGCCCGCUCCACCACCCGACCCCACUGCCGAGCUCCGUGAACCUCUUACUUCUGCUCUGGGCCUUUCGAUCUGUAGUACCCGUACCCUCUGGGCGGAGGGAACCGGAGGUUUUUAUUUAACAGAUACUAACUUGAAGCUCUAUCUUGUAACUGCACGUCAUGUUGUUAUCCCAUCGGACUCCGACAACAAGGUACAGGCGGACAAGUUCCCUAGUCAGCGUUUGAAUAAAAUUGCACUAUUCAGCCCCGCCAGCUUCGCAGAUUAUCUCAAACGUAUCGGAAUUGCUAUCCGUCGCAAGGAAUCUAUCGUGAAGUGUGUGAAGAGAUUUCGCCACGAGGCUUUUGAACGACUUAGACCUGGCGAAACGAACUCGGAGGAGGCUAUCCUGCAACAGACAUAUCAAGACAAUACCCUAAAGGCGGCUGGGAAUGAAAUUGAGGCCCUUGGGGGUCUGCGUGAGGAGGUUGCUAAGACCUGGAGCGAUCUUGACAACCGUAUUAUUGGACACCUUAGUUUCUCACCAGUUUUGAAAUACGGAGCCGGUGAAGAGGGGUAUACCCAGGACUUUGCUCUCAUCGAGAUUGACCAAUCCAAGAUUGAAAUUGGAAGCUUCACUGGUAAUGCGAUUGAUCUUGGUACCAUGCUAGUACCAAACCAAUUCACACGCAUGAUGUUCCCACAUCCUGAAGAUAGCCACUCGUUUAUAUAUCCAAUCGACCGCCUGUUCCGAAUCCGGGGAACAAUCCCUGACAGAGAGAUGCGGGUUCCUACCAUGUGCGAUCAGAAUCAUGAACCAUGUCUGAUUGUCCUCAAGCGCGGCCAUACUACAGGUCUCACCAUCGGUUGUGCAAACCCUAUAUCAUCUUAUGUACGUUACUAUGAUGAGAAGGGCAAGGCUGUAA